AAAGAAUUACUAUCUAACACCUACGUUCAAAGUUUGAUGUUACACAAUGUUUGUUUCCCGUAAUUUAAUUUAAAGCGUUAGAUAGGAUCGGUAACAGCAUGAGUAACUCGUCGGUAUAUGCGUGUACGCGAUAAUAUUGAUAUUGGGCGUAUACGUAUAAAAAGAUAAUAUACAAUGUACUUUCAUAUAUUUAUUGUUAAUUAUAACGUUGAUGCUGAAUUAAUAAGAUUCAAAAAAUUCACGCUUAAAGAUACGAGUGUUUGAUAUUUAAGAUUUUAAAUUUCAUUUUUAGAAAUUUUUUUUUCUGGGAUAUUGUAACGAACGUAAAUGCAAUUGAUUUAAGAAACGUAUUAAUAAGUAUGCAUUAAAUUGGAAGUUAUUUUAAUCGAAUGUUAUUGACAUUUAAUACAGUUUCUAUUGGCCAGUAUAAUCUCUAUUGACCCCGAUAAGAAUUUUUUAUAGAAUUCCUCUUUAGAUAUGCGGCUAUAACCUCCAAGAUAGUACAAACUACGUCCACUCUUUCUUGAAUAACAUAGUACCGCGAUCAAGUUCCUCUUUGUUGUUAGACCGGCUUCACGUAGCGUCGUAUAAUUUCAAGUAAUACAUACAUUAUUUCAAAUAAAAUAGAAUUCCCAAUUGUAUAACCUUGAAUUAUUUACGUUAUUGAUUUGUCAUUCAAUCCAUGCGUAAAUAUGUAAAUACAUAUAUUGUAUUGAUAUGUUGUCUUAUCGCGGGUUACAUUUAAAUCGUAUUGUCGAAGGGAAGUGAUGUGAAAGACAUUUCAUCUGGCUAACAACAACAUGGAUGUAGCGUGUACGAAGGUGAUACAAUGGUUCAACGAACUCAGAGCUCGUUUUCAUCUUUAUUUGUACGCUCAAAAUCUGGGCCCCAUAAGAGCGGAAAAUGGUGGAUCUCAAGGUGACGGUCGGCGGUCUUCGCAUCAACACGACAGUAGCGAAGAGAGGGUGGUUUUUAUCAAUGCUCCUCAUCAGCCCGCGAAAUAUAGAAACAAUCACAUUACUACCGCAAAGUAUUCGCUUCUUUCGUUUAUACCUAUGUUCCUUUUUGAACAAUUUCGUCGAUACAGUAAUUGCUUCUUCCUAUUCAUCGCCCUUAUGCAGCAAAUACCGGAUGUAUCGCCAACAGGUCGAUACACAACUUUAGUUCCAUUAAUUUUUAUUCUUAGUGUGUCUGCAUUGAAAGAAAUAGUUGAAGAUAUUAAAAGGCACAGGGCAGAUGAUGAAAUAAAUAUGCGCGAGGUGGAGGUCUUGAGAGAUGGGCAUUGGCAGUGGAUUCAGUGGCGGCAUGUUGCUGUUGGCGAUGUAGUUAAGGUCCGUAACAACAAUUUCUUCCCUGCUGACUUGAUCUUAUUGUCAUCAUCGGAGCCACAGGGUAUGUCUUUCAUAGAGACUGCCAAUUUGGAUGGUGAAACGAAUUUGAAAAUACGACAAGCCCAUCCUGACACUGCCAGUCUCUUGGAUACUGCAGAAUUAAUGACCUUUCGUGCAAAUAUUCAAUGCGAGCCACCAAAUAGACAUCUGUAUGAAUUCCAUGGAGUAUUAAGGGAAACUAAUAAACAAAGUGUAGCUUUGGGACCUGAUCAAGUAUUGCUUCGUGGUGCAAUGCUGAGGAAUACACGUUGGGUGUUUGGUGUAGUAAUCUAUACAGGGCAUGAUACAAAACUUAUGCAGAACAAUACUACAACUGCACCUCUCAAAAGGUCUACAUUGGACCGACUGACCAAUACACAAAUACUCAUGUUGUUCUUUAUACUUCUUUUAUUGUGCCUUCUGUCUGCAAUAUUUAAUGUUGUAUGGAUGAAAGCUAAUAAUAAUGGAUUAUGGUAUUUAGGUUUACAAGAGGAAAUGACUAAAAAUUUUGCUUUUAAUCUUCUAACAUUUAUGAUUUUAUUUAAUAAUUUGAUCCCUAUUUCGUUGCAAGUUACAUUGGAAGUUGUAAGAUUUGUUCAAGCUACAUUUAUUAAUAUGGAUAUUGAAAUGUACCAUGCAGAAACAGAUACCCCCGCAAUGGCUCGUACAAGUAAUCUUAAUGAAGAACUUGGUAUGGUUAAUUAUGUAUUUACCGAUAAAACCGGAACCCUUACGAAAAAUGUGAUGGAAUUUAAAAGAUGUUCAAUUGGUGGCAAGAUGUAUGAUUUGCCAGAGCCUGUAAAUGAUACCGAAGGUGGUAGUAGCAUUAAUAGCCAACUAAUUAGAGAUAUUGUAGAAGGAAGAGCAGUAGAAAAUUCUUCUCGUCCUGUUGAUAAGAAAGCUGCGCAUCAUGCAAAAAUAGUGGACGAGUUCAUGAUUAUGCUCUCAGUAUGUCAUACAGUUAUUCCUGAAAAGAUAGACGAUACCAUCAUUUAUCAUGCUGCAUCCCCAGAUGAAAGAGCAUUAGUAGAUGGAGCACGAAAAUUUAAUUAUGUGUUUGAUACUAGAACGCCUGCUUAUGUGGAAAUAAUAGCUUUGGGUGAAAGACUUCGGUACGAAAUAUUAAAUGUUAUAGAAUUCACGUCGACUAGAAAAAGAAUGUCAGUAAUUGUUAAAACACCAGAAGGAAAAGUCAAACUUUUUUGUAAAGGAGCAGACUCUGUUAUUUACGAAAGAUUAUCUCCAUCUUCUGUAGAAGAUACUGAUCCUGAACAGGGUAUAAGCAAUUUCCGUGAUGUAACCUUGGAACAUUUGGAAGCGUUUGCAACAGAUGGCUUAAGAACACUUUGUUUUGCUGUUGCAGACAUACCCGACACUGUUUAUCAGUGGUGGCAAGAAACUUAUCACAAUGCAACAAUUAGUUUAGCGAAUCGUGAUACUCUGAUCGAAAAUGCUGCGAAUCUUAUCGAAACAAAGUUGAGAUUAUUAGGGGCAACUGCUAUCGAAGAUCAGUUACAAGAUCAAGUACCAGAAACGAUACAGUCUCUUCUUCAAGCUGAUAUUAAUGUAUGGGUAUUAACUGGUGAUAAACAGGAAACUGCUAUUAACAUUGGUUACUCGUGUAGAUUGAUCACACAUGGAAUGCCGUUGUAUAUUAUUAAUGAAUCAUCUUUAGAUAAAACUAGAGAGGUGAUAAUACAACGUUGUCUAGAUUUUGGUAUUGAUUUAAAAUGUCAAAACGAUGUAGCUCUUAUCAUAGAUGGAAAUACAUUGGACUUUGCAUUAUCCUGUGAUAUUAGAAUGGACUUUCUGGAUUUAUGCUCGUCUUGUAAAGUUGUUAUUUGUUGUAGAGUUUCACCAAUGCAAAAAGCUGAGGUGGUUGAUUUAAUUACGAGUAAUAAAAAAGCUGUAACACUUGCAAUUGGAGAUGGUGCAAACGAUGUAGCCAUGAUUCAAAAAGCUCACAUUGGUGUUGGAAUUUCAGGCGUCGAAGGUCUUCAAGCAGCUUGUGCUUCAGACUAUUCCAUAGCGCAAUUUCGUUUUUUGAAACGCUUAUUAUUUGUUCACGGCUCUUGGAAUUAUAGUAGAAUGUGUAAAUUGAUAUUAUACUCGUUUUACAAAAAUAUUUGUCUCUAUAUUAUUGAAUUGUGGUUUGCUAUUUCCUCCGGCUGGUCCGGACAAAUCCUUUUCGAACGAUGGUCUAUCGGUCUUUAUAAUGUUGUAUUUACAGCAGCACCUCCAUUAGCGAUGGGACUUUUUGAUAAAGUAUGUUCUGCAGAAACUCAUUUAGCUCAUCCAGCAUUGUAUGCCACGAAAAAUACUGGAGAGUCAUCGUUCAAUAUUAAGGUGUUUUGGAUUUGGAUUGCAAAUGCUUUAAUACAUUCAUCUCUUCUCUAUUGGUUGUCGUUAAUGGUUCUAAAGGAGGACGUGAUAUGGUCACACGGUAGAGAUAGCGGUUAUAUAAUUCUAGGAAAUUUUGUGUAUACUUAUGUUGUAGUGACUGUAUGCGGAAAGGCAGGUUUAGUAACCAAUUCCUGGACGUGGGUUACUCAUGUAGCAACAUGGGGAUCUAUUGUGCUUUGGUUUUUAUUUAUUUGUAUUUAUAGCAAUUUCUGGCCUGUUUUAAAUGUGGGAGCUGUAAUGUUAGGUAAUGAUAGGAUGCUGUUUUCGACACCCGUAUUUUGGCUGGGUUUGGUACUUAUACCAUCAGCAGUACUACUCUUGGAUGUUACAGUUAAGGCAGUGAAGAAUACAGUAUGGAAAUCUGUAACUGCGGCAGCUAGGGAAAAUGAAAUUAGAAAGUCUGAUCCUGGGGACAUAUUUAACAGCCACGAUUAUAGAAGCUCAUUAACGGAGACGGCUCGGCUACUGAAAAACGUUAAAAGUGUUUUCACCAGGCGAUCAAACGCCGCCUCCAGAGUUAAUGUCGAGGUGGAGCUAUCACAAUACAGCGUACCCCUCAUCGACGAUGACCAGGUCAACGAUGGCGAUGGAUUGUUCGAGGAGUACCUAAAUUGCGUUGGGAAACCUGAACAUUUCUAUGGAAGACUUUAGCGAUCAUUAAGGUUUUUCAUGUAUUUUAUUUUUC